CAGAUCAAUAAUCGGCCGCUGCGGCAUCUUUGCUGAGCUGAGGUGCCCGCCCCCCACAGACGCCUCGGGAGCCCCCAAUUUGGCUGGAUUGAGCCGCGCCCCCGGCUCCCGAGCCCCCGGGGUCGCGGGGCCAGAGUGUCCCCUUGCAGUUGUGCGGGUGGCGGGGGGGCACGAGGCAGAAAGGCAGAGAGGGUGGAAGAUCCCGCCUCGGAAACGGGGCUCUCUGGAAAGGGGGAGUCGCACCCGAAGCCCCUCGACCGUCCCUUACUCCCUAGCUCGGGGAGUCCGGCCGAGGCCCACCUGCUGCGGGCACCCCACGGGGGCGUCCGUGCAGCUGAGACUAGGGUGAUCGCUGCGUGUUCUGGGGUCUGGCCGGGCGCGGUCCGCUCUCAGCCUGCUUGGAGACUCGGGCCUUCCCCGUGCCCCUGGAAUGACUGGGACCUUCCGCGGCCACCCACCCCAUCCCGCAGCACCCGCCCCCCACACCGGGACAGCUCGGCACCGCCCAGGACCCAGGACCCAGCUGCCUGAGCCGAGACCCAGCCCUACCCACUGCCACCGCAGCCCCUAGAUGCCGCCCCCACCAGCCCCGAAGGCCCCGGGCGCGAGUCCAUGGAGCGACUCUUCCGGCAGCUUCUCCAGGAGGGCCCCGGCCCCCAGCCAGCUGCCCGGCUGGGACGGCGGGGCCAGGCCCUUCCUGGGCCACUUCUGUGAGCUCUGCAAGGUCAGCUGUGCCGGCCCACAGACUUACCGGGAGCACCUGGAGGGGCAGAAGCACCGGCGGAAGGAGGCGGCCCGGCCGUGCGAGGGCGAGGGCGACCCCCAGGACCCUCUGCACUGCAGCCUCUGCUCAGUGUCCUGCACCGGGCCGGCCGCCUACGCCGCUCACCUCCGAGGCGCCCGGCACCAGAAGGUGCUCAGGCUGCAUGGCAAACUGGGGAGACCCGUGCCCCCCACGGCCCAGGCCCUCCCUGCCGCGGCCCCCGCCAGCCCUGGCAGCCGCUCCCCGAGCCGGUCUCCGUCGCCCAAGAGGACAGUGGCCUCGAAAGUCAUGCUUGUGGGGCCCCCCGAGGCGCAUCCGUGCAGCAGCAGACCCGCUGAGGCCAGAGCAGUGGGGCCCGGAGAAUGGGCCCCCCGCGGAAGCCCCGCGGAAGCUUCUGGAAGCAGCUGUGACUCGCCCCCUGUGGGCCCCGAGUACGUGGAAGAGGUGUGCAACGACGACGGCAAAGUGAUCCGCUUCCACUGCAAGCUGUGCGUCUGCAGUUUCAACGACCGCAACGCCAGGGACAUGCACGUGCGGGGCCGCCGCCAUCGGCUGCAGUACAAGAAAAAGGUGGACCCGGAGCUGCCGCUGGCGCUGAAGCCGAGCAACCGCGCGCGGCGCCUCCUGGAGGAGAAGCUAAAGACGCAGCGGCAGCUCACCAAGAGGCGCCUGGAGGGCAUGCGGCGCUGGUACAACGAGAUGAGGCUCUAUGAUGCCUGCAAGAGGCGGAUGGAGCAGCAGUCGCAGACUCCGGAGGAGCAGGCUACCUGCUCGCUGCCCGCCCGGCCCCUGCCCUUCGCGGGCAGCCUGGGGGAGCUGGCCACCAAGGCCACGGCAGCCAGGCACCCGAGGCGACCUGAGUCCCACGAUGACCGGCAUGUGAUGUGCAAGCACGCGGCCAUCUACCCCACCGAGGCGGAGCUGCUGGCCGUGCAGCGGGCAGUGGCACACGCCGAGCGUGCGCUCAAGCUGGUGUCGGACGCGCUGGCCCGGGAGCCCAAGGGCGCCGACGGCAGCAGUCCGGAGACCUCCUCUCGGAUCCUCAAAGGCGUGAUGCGGGUGGGCCUGCUGGCCAAGGGCCUCCUCCUGCGGGGCGACCGCCAGGUGCAGCUGAUCGUGCUGUGCUCGCAGAAGCCCACGCGCGCCUUGCUGCGGAGGGUGGCGCAGCAGCUGCCCCAGGAGCUGCCGGCCGUGACAGACGACAGGUACGAGGUGUCCCCGGACCCCGAGACCGACAUCGUGAUCUCGUCGUGUGAGGAGCCCAGGGUGCACGUGGUCGUGUCUGUCACGUCGCCCCUGAUGCGGGAGGAGCCGGGCGCCCACACAGAAGGAUCCGAGGCUCCCGGGCAGGAGCCAGACGUCCUGAGCCCCGAGCGGUGCCUGCAGUCCCUGGCCGCGCUGCGUCACGCCAAGUGGUUCCAGGCGCGCGCCAGCAGCCUGCAGCCCUGUGUCAUCGUCAUCCGGCUCCUCCGAGACCUGUGCCAGCGCGUGCCCACCUGGGGGGCCCUGCCUGACUGGGUGAGGGGCCCCCGGGCAGCCAGCCCUGGAGCUGCUGGUGGAGAAGGCCCUGAGCAGCGCCGCGGGGCCGCUGAGCCCGGGGGAUGCCGUGCGGAGGGUCCUGGAGUGCGUGGCCUCGGGGACUCUCCUGAGAGACGGGCCGGGCCUGCAGGACCCCUGCGAGAAGGAGCAGAUGGACGCCCUGGGCUCCAUGAGCCUGCAGGAGCGGGAAGACGUCACGUCCAGCGCCCAGCACGCCCUGCGGAUGCUGGCCUUCCGGCAGAUCCACAAGAUCCUGGACAUGGACCCGCUGCCGCCCCCCAGGAGCAGGCUCGGGGCGCGCUUCCGGAAGCGGCUGCGGGAGGCGGCCGAGGGCGAGGCCCAGAGGCAGCUGCAGCCCCCCGAGGGCGCACCGGGGUGUCCGUGAGCGGCCCGCGGGGCUUGUGGGGGGAUCUCCCGCAGGAACUGACCGGAAGCCCCACGCAGCAGGGCGGCAACACCCCCUUCCUCCUUCCGCUUUAGGCCCUGGGCAGAGUCUAAGCAGCGCCCCUGCCCCCCCCCACUCCAUCCCGGCUCGCCCGCCGGCUGUCUUGCUGCCCCCUCCCCAUCUGGAUACUGGGGUCCUUGUGCGGGGGGGGGGGGGCGGGGGGAAACGGGCAGGCGCGCAGGCCACGAGGAGCAGGGCCCAGGGCGCGCCCCGACCCCCUGACCCAGCUACUGCAAACCCCAACGCAGCCUCUCCAGAUUGGCAGACUGGCCCGGGGGCGCGCGCGGGUCCGAGCUGGGACAGGAGCGGGAACCCCGGGGUGGGGAACGUCAUCUGUCACCUCCAUCCCAGCGACCCUCCCACCCCCAAACCACUGAGUGCCUUCCACAGUUCAGGAGGGAGCUGCUCCCGCCUGUCCACGGGGCGGGGACUGGGGUUGCCCCCUCCAAUCCUCACUGACCCAGGCCAGCCUCUGGGCACGGGGUUCCCAGGGCUGUGCCUGGUGCCGGGCACUGGUGGACCUGGGGGGGGGACCCCGGCCGCCCUUCCCCCACCUUACUCAGCCCCAGACUCAUUUCCUUGGCCGACUGCCCCAAGGUGUGGAAGGAGGCCACGCAGGCGCCCCGCAGCCAAGCUGCGUGGGCCCCAGGCAGAGAAUAAAGCGCUGCUCGUC